AUGGCUAAGAUCGGAGAGACCAUAGCCGCGGACUCGCGGGAGAAGUGUCCGAUUUGCUUUGUGCCCACGACCACUAACGGCUUGGGCGAUUUGCAGAGCCACAUUGCUAAUCAUCUGGAACGUCUGGCUACUUUCGCCUUGCCGCAUGGCAGGGAAGACGAUGAAGACGGUGCUAGUAGCGUUGCAAGCCGUGGGAGCUCCAAUUCUCAGUCGUUACCCGAGUCGAUACCUACCGGUUCAAGCAAUGAGAUGGUCGCACUCAACCGAGAUCUCGAAACUGAGCAGUCAUUUGAGACGGAGUUCAAUGAGGAAGACCAUCUACUGAUGCAGUUCAGGGAUGAGAACUUGCCAUGGAAGGAGAUCGUAGCGCGCUUUCAGGAAACCUUCAGCAGGCAGUACGAUAUACCAACAAUGCAGAGGCGCCGUAAGCAACUGGUGGAUCUGGCAAACAAGCAAUCUCUUGAGUUCGAGUUCAGUGAGAAAGACCGACUACUGCUACAACUCAAAGACAAAGAGCACAUGCCGUGGAAGGACAUUGCAGUGCGCUUUUCAGAAGUCUUUGGCACUGAUUACCGAAACCGAAUACCCGCACUCCAGAUGCGUAUGAAGCGAGUAAGGGAACGGAAACUCGAGCAGUAUCUUGCGUCUGGACUCAGUGGGGAAGACCGCCUGCUACUGCAACUCAGCGCCAAAGAUCGCAUGCCUUGGGAGGAGAUUCAAGCGCUGUUCCGGAAAGCCUUUGGCAAGGAGUACGAAAUAACCGCACUCGAGUCUCGGGUGCAGCAACUUUAUGAAGGAAUGAAUAAGCAGUCACUCCUACCAACCGAGACCAGCCGAGGUCUGCUGUCCGCGGAAAUACUACAGCAACUUCCAGACGAAAGUCAAAAUCGAAUGGCAGUGUUCUCAAAUCAAGUGGACGACCUGGACGACUCGGAAGACGAGCAACUCGAGAAUGAACAGCCUGAUGAAAACAUAUUACCUGAGCACCAGAAACAUCUGGAAGAACGGGAAGCGUUUAGACAACACGUCUCAUCGUUACCAGGAGUUCUAUCGGUUCGGUUUUAUCGCGGUUAUGGCUCAUGGACUGGCCUUAUCACGUUCGCCGAUGAUCUGGUGGGCGAACAAGCAACUGCGCUGUUUGACGCUCAGCAAUUCCCCAACGUUGUGUUCAAGAGUAAAAGGAACAAAAGCAAGUGGACAUUCACCAGAAUCACUGAGAAGGACGGCUCCUUCGUUCGCCAGUCAACUGUGGAUACACAAACCACUGAAGAAGCUGAGAUUCUUCCACCCGGAUCUGAAACGUAUGACGAAGAACAUGAAGAUCCAAGCAAACAAACAAUCAUCACAACUGCAGAGAUCCCUACGCUACGCUCGCUUUACCAGUCCAGGCGGCUGUUGCAGCGCGAUCAGAGCUUUGCGCCAAACGAUGCUUACAAUCAGAUGAUCUCGUUCUGUCAUUACGACCUAACGAGAUUGAGGGUGGAUGCCAUCGUCAGCAAUGCUUCAGGUAACUUCCAAGCCAAUCCUGAUCCAGAUUCUCUGCAUCACUCUAUCUAUAAAGCCGGCGGUUCAGGUCUCAGAGAAGAGGCGAGAUCGAAAGCCAAGGUCAAAGUGGGCCAGGUCGAGCUCACACACGGCCACAAUCUUCCAAGCUCAUGGGUAAUUCAUGCAGCUGCACCAGGAUAUACAGGCCGCAAAGGGGUUGGCCAAUUCAACGUUCUUUCCGAGUGCUAUCGGAGUGCCAUGAGAAUGGCGGCUAACUACGAGUUCAAAACAAUCGCCUUUCCUUGCCUGGGCACUGGGGGUUGCAUGUUCCCUGCACGUGUCGCCGCACGCAUAGCGCUGCAAGAGAUCAGGGAAUACCUGGAUUCACAUCCUACACAUCGACCCGAGCGAAUCAUCUUCUGCGUACGGGCAGCAGUCGAUGAGAAGGCGUAUACCGACUUUCUACCAGUAUUCUUCCCACCCACACAUGGGGACUUGGACAGAGCCAGAACUUCAGACUGGUCCGCGAAUCGUGCUGCGCUGGCAGCUCAGGUACUAGAGGCACGUACGCAACUUCAAAAUGCAUUGACUGCAAUCACUGUUACCUACGACUUUGGCACGCAAAGUACGGUUUGUGCUCACGACAUGCGUAGGAUCGACUCUACGCUGAGUUCGAUCCGCAAAUAUCUCUUAGGGUCGAAAGAGCUCAAGCGCAGUCUGGGCGAUCUCAACUUACUAUGUUCCGUCAUUCUUACGGCAUGUGCUGACAUUAUGGACAUGGCCGAGCAAGCACGUAAACAGGGCCGUGCUGGAAAUACGCAGUCUAUCUGGACCGAAGCCAACACCGAUAUACGAGCCAAGCAUGGAUUUGAGCUUACGAGUGUCUUUGACUACAGCUGGAUCUUCGCCAACAGCUUAGAAGAGGUCCUGAUACUUGGCAAAGCAGAACCAGAUGCGAUGGGAAGAGCGCGUCAGAUCUUGGAGACCUAUGGUGUCAAGCAGAAGGGCCAAGAUGCCGAAGGUAUCCGCGACCACCUGGAUGAGGUGCUGUACGUGCGUGAGGCUGAACGGCCUACCCCCAAAAUUCGCGGACUCAUCCAAAUUCAUCAAAUACCCCCCGUAGCGAGGCUCUACAUACUGGGCCAACUGGAAGCGAAGCCCACCAUGGCAAAACCGUCCACGCUAUUCAACCACACUGUCUGCUUACUGAGAGAGGACAUCACGAGGCUGGAAGUUGACAUCGUGGUAAACUCAACCGAUCCAAGCUUCUCCGGCAUGGGCACUCUAGACCGCAGCAUCUUCAAGAAAGGAGGAGAUGAACUGCGCUCGGAAGUCUCAACCUUCGGCAAAUGCGAAGAAGGCGACGUCAAAGCAACUGCUGGAUACCUACUCCCAGCCAAACAUAUCCUCCAUGUCGUUCCGCCUGGAGUGUUUAGGAGCGAUACCAAGAACAUAUUGAGGAACAUCUACCGGGCAAUUCUGCAUGAUGCAGUACUCAUGAGGGCGACUUCAAUUGCGAUACCGAGUAUCGGAACCGGCAUGCGGAAUUACCCGCGGCGCGACUGCGCGUCGCUGGCGAUGGAGGAAGUGAAACGCUUUCUGGAAUCUGCUGAGCCGGGUAAUGGACUUGAUAAGAUUAUAUUCGUUGUCUUCUCUUCCAAUGACGAGUUCGUCUACAAGAGCCUCUUGCCGGUCUACUUUCCGCCAACGAAAGGUAAUACGUCGCCUACUAUCUUGGCGGGCACACCGCGCAACGACCAGUCGCAAGAGUUGGACAUCACGUCCGAGCUCAACGAAGCCUCUACGAUCUCAUCCACGCCUUACAUACCGUGGAGCACCAAGUCAGACGAUAUACGGCAGAGGGAUGUGGAGCAGCACCUUACUGAAGCUGAAGAAAGCUCUUCUUUGUCAUUACCAGCUGCCACGGAUCAGCCUUCCCAAACGACCUCUGGAGAAAAGACCUCUCGCAGGGCACGAUUUGGCAAACAGCCAGUAACACUGCGGCCCUGGAAUGACGACGAAGCCAAGACGUUGAUGGACUUCGAGCUACAUGUCGGAACUUGCAAAGUGUGCGAGAACGGUCUUUAUGAGAGAACCCACAAGCUCUGUAAGCCCGGCUUCCAGUUCGCCCAAACUGUCCUGCAGCGAACAGAGAUGUCUGAAGAUGCACUUGUGUACAGCAAAGCCGACGAGCAGGGUUCAAGAGAACAGCUGGAGAUACCAGUGGAGCGAUUACCUAGCUCGAUGCUGUUACUCUCCACCGUUGCAAAAGGCGGACGUUAUAUGCCUGAGAAUGCAUCUGCUCAAGCCGAACAGCCUGACACGACAGACUCUGAUACGCCUGCAUCGGAGCACCCUUCGGCACCAAACGACCCGGACAAUAGUUCGCAGGUUACAGAACUACCAGCGGUAGUCCGAGUGGAAGUCUUGUCCCCACGCACCGAUACUGGAGACUGGUUCUACUCAUGGGUUCGAGUUUUCAGGAGCAAAAUCGAGAUGUACUCUGGGGAUUAUGAUCCUGAUCCAUACGGAGAAUCUACUGGACAUAUGCCGUAUGCGUCCAUAGAUUUUACCGAUAUCACCACAAACGUGGACGGCGGCAAAGGCACGAUUGUGUCUUUGUGGACAGUACCGCGAGGACCAGACCAGGGAGAAACAUGGCAUUUCCGUAGCUCUGGAGUUGCUGAUUCAAUCGCGCUUCUCGAACUUUUCAAAAGAGCUAUCAAUCGUGGGCGUCAGGAGCGGGAGAAGAAGAUGACAGCGGAGGUUGAGGAGACAACGGGCCCGGAAGCAACGAUUGCCGCGGAAAUCGAACGGCAUAACCUUGCAUUUCCAUCUGCUGGGGUUAACAAGCCCAAUGCUGCGAAGCUCGACGAUCAAGUCCAGGAAGAUGACAAGACGGCCCACUAUCCGGAAGCCAAGGAUGCGAAUGUUGUUGCACCAGAUGCGGGGCCACGUGCUGUGAUCCGUGUCGAGGCUCUCGCUUCGCGCGGAGCUUCCGACUGGACGAACGCCAUUCUAUACGUCUAUGAGGGCAAGAUUAUCGUGGAAGUCGAGAAGAACGAUGGUCCAGACAAGCCAUAUGCGACAAUAGACCUCACGAAUGGUAUUGUACACCUUGGUCGCGACAGUGGUAACGGUGAAAUGGGCUAUAUGGAUUGGGCAUGUUUACAGGUGACAAGAGAUGGAGAAUGGGCAAGACCAUCGUUGUUACCAACGGAGACAUGGUAUUUUCGCAGCCAUGGAGAGUCUGAUACAGACGCAAUGUUUCAUGUCCUUCAGGAAGCCGUUGAUCGCAAUAGGAAAGCGGAGCAGAAAACAGCGUCUACUGAGGUCGAAGAAACGACAAGCCCGGGACCAACGACUGCGCCAAUCGCACAGCGCGAGGAAACUGGGGAAGCUUUCGAUGCAUCAUCUUAUCCUGAAUGGAACCAAAGGUUGCGCAAUAUCAAAGAUCAGGCAGAUGACAAACAUCGCAUCAGAGAAGAAACCGUUCCAGCAUACGACGCGCCAGGAGAUACUACAUCCAACUCGGGCGACGCAUCAGCGGAUUCGGAGCCAGAUUCAAGACAGCCUGGUCUAGACGCACGCAUCCUUGCCUAUCUCGACAAUGAUUUCAAUACCCGACCUGGCUCGUACAUAGGUCAGAACUUCAAGGAGAUCGCUUCUGCCCUCGAACACUGGCACCAUACAUCCAUCGCUCAUGCUCUGCGCAGGCUAGCUGAAGAAGGAAAAGUUCACAACACUGUUGAUGCCGAGACAUGGGUCAUCUCACAACCUAUGUCUUGGGAUCAUAAGUAUCGUCCAAAAGAACCACCGGAGAAGCCAAAAGGUGAUCUAACUGAUCGAAUUUUGCUAUGUUUGGAUCGUUUAGGCGGCCUGCACAAGUUUGUCACCAUGCAUGAUGAGAUUCUGGCUGACACUGGUGAAUUGCGGCUUGCGCUUCGGGAUCUAGUAGCCAACGGGCUCGUUCUUGGUGAGGCUAGCGGACAGAUGUGGGGUCUCACCGAUGCGGGUGGAACAAGAGUACUUGAGUUACAGGCGAACUCGCUAGAAGUAGGACAAGAGAUGGCUCAAGACCCCGGGUCAACUCCCCUUUUUGGUCAACCUCUCCUUCCCCAAGAACCUGCUAAGGAGCGUCUCAAUUCCAUGGAACAGCCUCUAUCGGAUGAGAGCAACACUGGCCCUGAAGAGCGCGACGAUUACAAACCUCUGCCAGAGGAUGAUCUUAGUCAUGAUGAACACACAUCAAACGAUCUCUCCGAUCGUGCUUUGUCUUACCUGAGAAGCUUGUCUGGAGUGAGCGAAAACAUAUCAAAUCUCGCGACUACAUUUGGUACUCCGGUCGCUGAGCUUCAAUCAGUGCUUGAACAGUUGGGCUCUGAUGGGUUGGUAGAGAUGGCUGAAAAUGAGUCUACUUGGACAGCGACACCCUUGUCGAAGCGCGAAUCGGGCAAGCGCCAGUCUCAGACUACUGGGGACCCGGAUGAAGCCAAAGAACAUUACCCACUAGGUAACGUGACAGAAGAAAUGGCCGAAAAGUUCCACAAGAAAUACCAGUUACCGGUGGAUCGGGAUGUAUUCACUCGUGGUGUCCUCGCGCUUCAAUCGCAAGCUGACCUACAUCCAUCUCUCGGUUCCACACGUGACUCCGACGACGAGAUUCUCGAUCCUAGCCUCGCUUCAACUAGAAUGCCAGAGCAAGAGAGUACAUCUUCGAAACAGGAGCUUUCAACACAAGAAUAUGCCAGCACAAAACAAGCUGGCAGCUGGAGAGAUGGGAGAGGCGCGAAGGGACGAGAACGAACCAAGUCUGGUAGAGCACUGACAGAUGAUAUCGAAGAAGAGAUGGAACCAGGCACAGCGAGUAGGUUGAGACGAAUGAAGAGUGCAAGGGAAAGGAAGCACAACGCAUCGAGCAAGGCAAAGAAGGACGACAUUGAUGACGAGUUGGAGGACUACGAUGGACAGGAGGAAGAUUUUGUGGAUGAUGCGGCUGCGCAUUCGAUGCUGGAUUAG